AUGUCAACCUCCAAGAAACACGCCCUCUCCGACGACGAAUCAUCGGAGCCACGCGCCCCCAUAAAGCACAAUCUCACGCCACUGGAAUUACAAAAGAAGCAGCUCGACAAGCUGCUCGAGAAGAUCGACAAGCCCGUCCGGAUCCCCGAACGACCCCAAGCAAAACCAAUCAACCGUGAACCCAAGGACUAUGUGAAGAAUAUUCAGGGUUCCAGUGCAGGUGCAGGAAGUGGAGAUUUCCAUGUGUAUAGGGCUGGACGUAGGCGGGAGUAUGCGCGGUUGAAGCAGAUGGAUGAGGAGUCCAAGGAGGAGCGAGAACAGCGCGAGUAUGAGGAGAAGAUUCAGUCAAAGAAGGCAGAGGACGAGGAAAAGACAGAAAAGAACCGGAACAAGAGACAGCGGAGAAAGCAGCGAGCCAACAACAACAGACAGAACAAGAAACGCGCCGAUGCACACUCUGACGACGACGAGGAGGGAGGCUCAGACAAGGAGGACAAGGGCGGCAAGCGAUCUGACCAGGAGGGAUCUGAUAAGGAGGACAAGUGA